AUGGAUCUUGUAGGGGCGAGGAAGACUGGGAAGUGCGAGGAUACAAGAGUGCUUCGGGACAUUGCCCUAGGACAGCAGAGGCCCGAGAGUGAUGUUGACUUUUACUUCGAUCGACGUGAAGACGCAGAGUUGUUCGCCGCGUAUCUAAAAGCUGCUCAGGACAGACUGCGGGAACUGUUCGUCCGUGGCCCAAUGGAAAAUGAGCAAAUCGUGGAUUCACGGUUGCUUAGUGCUGAUUCUAGUCAAAGUACUGAAGCUAACACUUGGAGGGAGUCUCCAGCACUCACCGAUAAUGGCACACGAGCAAAAAUUAGAUUUAAGGACAAAACACCACAGAUAGCUCAAAGAGGCCUCUUGAAGUCUCUACAAGACCUUGAGAUAUGGAACAUCGCUCACAGCGCUGGAAGCGAAAACGAGCGCACGGCGGGUGAUUGGCUCGAUGAAGUGGAUGACUUGAUCAGAGCUAUGCGAGGUCAAAGGAAAGAUCCUUACGAACGAGUCAAAAUUGCCAUUAUCGACUCUGGUCUCCACGAUAGAGAGAGAGGCCGUUACCGGGUCGACUAUCGAGACUUCACUGGUAUUCCUAAGAAUGACUCGUGGCACGGUACCUGCUGUGCUGGAAUCAUUCAGGGGUUGUAUGAGGAGGCUCGGCUGUAUAUCGCGAGGGUGUUUGAAAGAGACCAUGCCGAUGAGAUUGAGGGGCCUCUUCGAAUGGCGAAGGCUAUCCACUGGGCCAUCGAGCCACCGCGCUCUGUUGACAUCAUCAGUAUCUCUGCUGGGUUUCGCAGUUACUCCAAAGAACUCGAUGACGCCGUUACUAAAGCCAAAGCUGCAGGUGUCCUUGUUAUAGCAGCAGCAUCGAACUGGCAGAACACAAGCACUGUCGCAUUCCCAGCUCGACAUAAUCUGAGCACCAUGUGCAUUUACUCGACUAAUACGGGAAAUCAGAGCUCGAGCUUUAAUCCCGAGCCUCGUGCGGACACCCAAAACUUUGCUAUUAUAGGCGAGGGCUUUCAGCAUCCGGAUCAGAGGAGGAAUGAGCGCAUGAGUGGAACGUCAAUGGCAACAGCAGUGGCGGCGGGACUCGCUGCGAGGAUAGUAGACUUUUCACGACAGAAGGAUAAUAAAGCAUCGAUCUUUAGAGCACAAGAUAUAUAUCUCACCACUGGAGUUGCUGCCUUUGAGGCAUGGAGUUAG